CGUGGUUCGGGGUCGAAGGGCACGCGACGUCGGUGUCAUGGCGGCCUCCACGCUGGGCUCGGCCUCAGGCCCGUUACACCUCGGCUUAUACGGCCUUUGCCGUCGCCGACCUUCCCCGGGCCUCUGGGCGUGCGCGCGGCGGCUGCCAGUGCCCGCGGGGUCCAGGCGGAGCGUGGUUGCUGCCAGCGGACCGGGCGCCUCAGGAACUGACUGCUACUGCAUGGAACUGCUGCGGAAACGAGAUUAUGAAGGCUAUUUAUGCUCCCUGCUGCUUCCUGCAGAAUCCAGAAGCUCUGCUUUUGCACUGAGAGCCUUCAAUGUGGAACUGGCUCAGGUUAAGGACAUGGUCUCUGAAAAAACAAUUGGACUAAUGCGAAUGCAGUUUUGGAAAAAAACCGUGGAUGAUAUAUACAGUGACAAUCCACCACAUCAGCCUGUGGCCAUUGAACUAUGGAAGGCUGUCAAAAGGCAUAAUCUGACUAAAAGAUGGCUUAUGAAAAUCAUUGAUGAAAGAGAAAAAAAUUUGGAUGACAAAGUAUAUCGUAAUAUCCAGGAAUUGGAAAAUUAUGCCGAAAACACACAGAGCUCUCUUCUUUAUUUAACACUAGAAAUAUUGGGUAUAAAGGAUCUUCAUGCAGAUCAUGCUGCAAGUCACAUUGGAAAAGCACAAGGCAUUGUCACGUGCUUGAGAGCAACACCAUAUCAUGGUACCAGAAGAAGAGUGUUCCUUCCCAUGGAUAUUUGUAUGCUGCAUGGUGUUUCACAAGAGGAUUUUCUGCGGAAGAACCAAGAUAAAAAUGUGCGAGAUGUGAUAUAUGACAUUGCCAGCCAGGCACACUUGCACUUAAAGCAUGCUAGAUCCUUUUGUAAAAGUGUUCCUGUGAAAGCAUUUCCUGCUUUUCUUCAGACGGUCGUUCUGGAGGACUAUUUAAAGAAAAUUCAACAAGUGGAUUUUGAUAUAUUCCACCCAUCUUUACAGCAGAAGAAUCCAUUGCUUCCGUUAUCUUUGUAUAUUCAAUCAUGGAGAAAAAGAUAUUAAAAUAAUUUCAUGGCACUGAUAUUAAUUUACUUUAAUUAGUUUUACAAAAGUAUGCUUGUUAGUGUUCUGGUUUACAAACAAUAGGAACUGACUAUUUAAAUAAGGAUUGUCAUUAGAAGACCCUAUUCACUGCGCCAUUUGUCGUGCAAGGCGGCCUGCAGGGUCUCUGCUCCCGCUCGCCACAUAAGAAUGCAGGAUAUGGCUAGGCCAAAAAGGAACACCCACGGAGCCAUAGAUAG